CCAAUUUUUUUUUUUUAUCCUAUUACAUCUACCAGGGAUUUCGUCAAUAGCAUACUAGAUUGUGUCGGUUAUUCUAGUAUAGAUUAUGCUUUACCAUCUUUGCAAACAUUAAAAGUUCAUAUUUAAAUAGACAAUUUGUUUUGCUUUUUAUAUCAUAUAAAGAGGUAGUUCUGCAUUUACAGAGUAAUGAGGCUCAUAGGGAUUUCAAUUUUUCCGAUUCUUUGUGAUGAUUGGGUGGUUGACUCUGUAUCUUCUUUUUUCAAUGCUUUAUAUUAUGUUCGGAGAAGAAGUGAAAUUCAAGAUAAGUUUUUCAAUGCUUGAUAUUAUGUUCAGAGAAGUAGUUGCACUGCCCCAUCACAAAAUCCAGCCAGCCACCACUGCAAAAUCAGGUUUAUGUCCCACUGAUUUUAUCACUUCCAGCUAUGGUCCUUUCAUUGACCAAGAAAGACCAGCUAAAGCUCUACUCAAGUGCACAAGCAUUUGGAAAUACUUCUCACAUUUACACCGUUUUCAGUCUAUGAAAGCUUGUUGGAACUUCCCACAUAUGCAUUUUUUUUAGCAGGUAAAUACUUCUUGGAAUUUGUAUGUUUUCUCUAAUGUAAGAAAUGCUACUACCAUUAUUAGUAUUAUUAUUUGUUAUUUAAAGAUCACUUGUAAAAAAAAUAGUUAGUUUAAUUUAAAAAAUCAUUUUCCCCUUGUCUUGGAUGUGGUUGGAAGGGAUGCCUACAUGUGGAUUUGGCGUAUUAAUAUUAAAUUUAUGGUG